AUGGGCGCGGCUAAAAACGUUCACGAUGAUGAUGGAACCUUGGAGAUUGGAAUGGAAUAUAGAACUGUUUCUGGGGUUGCUGGACCAUUGGUUAUUCUCGAAAAAGUUAAGGGACCUAAGUAUCAAGAGAUUGUUAAUAUUCGUUUAGGAGAUGGAACUACUAGGCGCGGCCAAGUUCUAGAAGUUGAUGGUGAAAAAGCUGUUGUUCAGGUUUUUGAGGGUACAUCUGGGAUUGACAAUAAAUUCACAACUGUGCAAUUUACUGGAGAGGUGUUAAAAACUCCUGUAUCACUGGACAUGCUUGGCCGCAUUUUUAACGGUUCAGGAAAACCAAUUGAUAAUGGUCCACCCAUAUUACCUGAGGCUUACUUGGAUAUAUCAGGUAGUUCCAUCAACCCUAGUGAGAGAACCUAUCCAGAAGAGAUGAUUCAGACAGGAAUAUCUACAAUUGAUGUCAUGAAUUCUAUUGCUAGAGGUCAAAAGAUCCCUCUCUUCUCAGCUGCUGGUCUCCCCCAUAAUGAAAUUGCUGCACAGAUAUGUCGCCAGGCUGGCUUAGUCAAGCGACUAGAGAAAUCCGAUAAUCUUCUCGAGGGUGGAGAAGACGACAAUUUUGCUAUUGUGUUUGCAGCCAUGGGAGUUAACAUGGAGACUGCACAGUUUUUCAAACGUGACUUUGAAGAGAAUGGCUCUAUGGAGAGAGUGACCCUUUUCCUUAAUCUGGCAAAUGAUCCUACAAUUGAGCGUAUCAUCACUCCUCGUAUUGCUCUUACCACUGCUGAAUAUUUGGCAUAUGAAUGCGGCAAGCAUGUUCUUGUGAUACUCACAGAUAUGAGUUCUUAUGCUGAUGCUCUUCGUGAGGUAUCUGCUGCCCGUGAAGAAGUGCCUGGUAGACGUGGAUAUCCUGGUUACAUGUAUACAGAUCUUGCAACAAUAUAUGAACGUGCUGGAAGAAUCGAGGGGCGAAAAGGCUCUAUCACGCAAAUUCCAAUUCUAACCAUGCCUAAUGAUGAUAUUACACAUCCAACUCCUGAUCUUACUGGAUAUAUCACUGAGGGGCAGAUAUAUAUUGACAGGCAGCUGCAUAACAGGCAGAUAUAUCCACCAAUCAACGUUCUUCCAUCACUCUCACGUUUAAUGAAGAGUGCCAUUGGGGAGGGAAUGACACGAAAGGAUCACUCUGAUGUGUCCAACCAGCUCUAUGCAAAUUAUGCCAUUGGAAAAGAUGUCCAAGCAAUGAAAGCUGUGGUCGGAGAAGAAGCACUUUCGUCUGAGGAUCUGCUGUAUCUGGAAUUUCUAGACAAGUUUGAGAGGAAGUUUGUUGCGCAAGGAGCUUAUGAUACCCGAAACAUCUUCCAGUCUCUAGAUCUUGCAUGGACUCUGCUUCGUAUUUUCCCUCGUGAGCUUCUUCACCGUAUACCAGCAAAGACACUCGAUCAAUUCUACAGUCGAGACGCCGGAAACUGA